CUUUCCGCCCACUAUUGGACGUCGAGAUCCCACCUCCUUUUCUCUUCCACUCACUGCAUCCAUUCCGUCUGCUUCUGGGGCGGAUCUGUCGCCUUGUUUUGAACCACCCCAGCCUAUAAAGCGAGAGCCUGUGUGUUUCCAGUGUAGCCAAGUAGUCGGUGGGAUGACCGUGCCGCGCUGAGAAGCUCUCGGAAAUGUACCUGGCUUUAACCUUACUUCAAGCCAUCCCACUGCCCUCGACUCAACACCUCCCCCUCUCUAGUAGCCUUGACCCUGGGAGCUCCACACUGCACGAAGACUGGAUAGUUGUGUGAGACAACCCGGGCUGUAACGUGUUGGUGAGAGCAAAUGCUUUUCAGGCGGUUGCAACAAUGAAGUGCAUUCCCAUCCAGUUGGUCGCGUUGCUUUUGGGUUUGUGCAGAGCUCAAAGGCAGGUGCAGAUGCAGGAAGGACCCCUGAUCAGAUCGGAAGGAUACCACACAACCAUUUGGUGCAACGUAUCCGGGUAUUCCGGAACUACGGAGCAGAACUUUGAGUGGUCGAUCUACCUGCCUUCUGCCCCGACCCGACAAAUCCAGAUCAUCAGCACCAACGACCCUGGCUAUCCCUACACCAUGUACGGGGACAGGGUGCAGAAUAAGGAGGUGUACGUGGAGAGGAUUGACCGUGACUCGGCCCAGUUGCACAUUACCAACCUCAAGCUGGGAGAUGCCGGGGAAUAUGAAUGCCACACUCCCAACACCGAAUCCACCUACUGGGGAUCGUACAAUGCCAAGGGGAAUCUGACAGUUAUUCCAGAUACUCUCCGUGCAACAUCUGUAGCCCAGGAGCUGAAUAAAGUGGAGGGAGAUUCGCUGGAGCUGGUGUGCGAGGUCUCUGAGCAGACGCCGUACCACACGCACGUGGCCGUCACGUGGUAUCUCCAGAAGGCAGAUCAGAGUCUCAAGGUCAUCUCACUGACCCGGGAUUUCAUCCUACGUUCCGGAGAGUCGUACAGGCAGAGGCAGACAUCGGGCGAUGUCCGACUGGACAAAACUGGAGCCACGUCCUACAGACUCACCAUCUACAGACUUCAACCGUUUGACCAGGGGACCUUCUACUGUGAGGCCAGAGAGUGGAUUCAAGACCCAGAUAAAUCCUGGUACACCAUAGCCACCAAGCCCUCCGAUAGGACCACUGUCAACGUAAAAGCCACCGAUAAGAACUUCAGUGUUCAUUUGGAGAAUGAAAAGAAAGUCUUCACGGUAGGAGAGAGCUUGGAGUUGAGGUGUGUCCUUGUGGCUCAGAAUAUACAGGACCGAUAUUUCUCAGUGUUGUGGAUUUAUAACGGCACGCAAAUCGUCAAUAUUGGCCGCAAUGCCGUGCCAACGGUCCAUGCUGACUACACAACCAGAGAGCGUUUGGGAUAUAUAAGGUUUGCAAAAGAGACUGAUACAACAUAUCUGCUGAAGAUCUACCACCUUCAGGUGGGAGAUAGUGGCAAGUAUCACUGUCGGGCCACUGAGCAUGAGAGGACGGUGACAGGAGAUUUCAUCGGCAGAGACACGAACAAAUCUACGAAACAUUUAAUAAUUGUGCUGCCUGUCAAGAGUAGUUUGAACGUGACUGUCACCAGUAACACCACCAAAGUUUUGGAGGGCGGCAUGCUUCAGUUUGUAUGCAAUGUUAAUUUGCCGAUCGGCAACCACAAUCGCCUCUCCAUCACCUGGCAGAUGAUCAACAAGCGGGGUCAGGCCAUUGACGUUAUCAGCCGGGAACAGGACGGGACCCAAGUCAUUGAUACAUCGUACCACAAGCGGGGGGCCAGCGGAGACCUCAGGCUGGUCAAACAAGGGCCGGGCUCCUUUGUGUUGCAGCUCCACAAUGCAGCGGUGUCGGAUGACGGAGAGUAUAUCUGCACCAUGGCCGAGUGGAUCUCAAGCGCGGCCAGAGAUUGGCAGCGGGUCGGGAAGCAAUCGGCCCGCAUCGGUGCAGUGGUUACUCCACUUGAGAGUGGUUUCAGCGUAACAGCAAUAACACGGACACCCUCAGUGACGUACGGUAAUGCGUUUGAACUCCAGUGCUUCAUCAGACCAAACUAUCCUUCCUGGGUGUCUGUAUCGUGGAGGUGGAAAUUCCAGUCAUCCCAAUCAGGCAACAUCUACGACAUGGUCACGUUUGCCCGCGACACGUCUAUCAUUUGGGGAAAUAAGGUCACAAAUUUUAAAAGCAAGACGAUGAUAACAAAGACGCCCAACAACGUCCGGCUAAACGUCUCCAAGGCUAGUGAUUUGGAGGCGGGGAGAUACCAGUGCAUUGCAGAACUUUGGCAUCAGAAUCAGAUGGAACAGUGGGUGAGGAAAGCUGAAAAAUCGUCAAACAUCCUGGAGGUCAAGGUCAAACCGCCAGAUGCAAGACUAGAAGUCAGCCAACUAAAGCGAAACUUGGUGGUGACGGAGAAUGACAAUAUUCGCCUGAGCUGUGUCAUCACAAACCAAACCAGCACCGACUCUCAAUUUUCUGUCCAGUGGUACGUUCAACGCUCCCAAGAGGAAGCGGACAGGCUGAUUCUGAGAUCAAACCGGGAUUGCAUGUUCGAAUACGGCAACGAGUUGUUGGGGCACGAGAGGAAGGAAAGACUGCAGGCAGCAAAGACUUCCAGUGGCCAUUACACCUUGGUCAUACACAAGGCUGACGUCGAUGAUAGUGGCAAAUACUACUGCCUGGUGCAGGAAUGGCUGCUGAGUCCCAACAACAACUGGUAUAAAGUUGGAAUCAACAUGUCGGGAUUGACUUACGUCACCGUACAGCGACCAGAUAACAAUUUGCAGACAGUGAAGACGGAAAGGGCUAUUUCCGUGCCAGAGAACGGUCAGAUUCGAUUGGAUUGCAAGAUCAGCAACCGAACCAACUUGGACUCCCAACUCUCAGUGGUGUGGUUUGCACAGAAUUCCCUGGAUACAGAUGAAUAUCCCAUUUUCAGCCUGAACCGGAAUUCUGUUUUUCAGUAUGGUAGCUCAAAGGACAACAUGAUGAGACUGAGGAAUAGACUGCAAUAUGAGAAACCUACCAACGAUUUGUACAGUUUGAUACUUCAGAAGGCCACCAUCUCUGACACUGGCAGCUACUACUGUAAUGUGGAGGAGUGGGCAGUCGAUCCCAAUAAUAUGUGGUACAAACUAGGAGAGGAUCAAUCUGGAUUAACGACUGUCACUGUACAGCAACCAGAAUUUAAAAUGCAAUUGGAUAAAACAGAAUUGAAUAUUACCGUCUCAGAGAAGGACCUGUUCCAGCUCAGCUGUAAUGUGACCCAACAAACUCAAGAUAACUCUCGAUUUGCUGUGUACUGGUUUGCUUGGAAGGUCAAAGAAGACAUUGAUGGGAUCGUCAAGGAGACGAUUCUGAAAGUUGAUCACAAUUCGGUAUUUGGUUUCGAAGCCUUGACGGACAGGGCUAAAAGCAUGAAGGACAGAUUGCAGUUCGAGAGGCCAUCCAACGGAUUGUACACUCUGACAAUACAUAAUUCAGGCAGAGGUGACACAGGGAAUUACUACUGCAACGUAGAGGAGUGGAUUCAAAAUGCCAACAACAUCUGGUACAAACUUGGAGAGGAUGAGUCUGGGCUGCUUACUGUCACUGUUCAAAGCAAAGGUUCAACCCUUCAUCAAGCAAUUUGUUCAAACGAUGCUCUGUUUUACUUCAUAUUCUUUUAUCCCUUUCCAAUUUUUGGGGUCCUACUUAUUGCCAUUUUACUUACACGCUACAAGACUCUAAACGCGCAGAAAAAGUCUGAUGCAAAGAAUGGUGUUCCGCUACUCUGGAUUAAAGAGCCAGCGGUAACUUAUUCCCCAACAAGUCUUGAGCCACCGGAUUUCAGAAUAGGACCAGGAAGCAUCGCGUAACAAAGGAAAAAGAGAAAAGAAUUUUGGACAAAUAAAUUGAUGUUCAACUGAGGUAAUAUUGAACUAGAGGUGAAUAUUCACCCCAAAAAAAUGAUCAAAAUUUGAAAGCAACAUCCUCCAUCCCUUGUAUCAUGAAUGAAGAUCCUGAGGGUCAAUCGAUUGAGAAAUGGGGGAAGAAAUGGUACUUUUAUCGUUAAAAUGUUUGACUCAAUUGGCCUCCUUCCCAAUACACCUAGAAGACUUACUUUGUGUAGCUGGUAUAUUUUGUUUCACACUAAUGUGUUUAUCUUUAAAUGGAAGUUCAUUCCUGAUUGUAUAGCACUGACUGCAGCAUACAUCAGCAACAUGUGCUGCAUUUGCCUCGGAAAUUCCAGACUGAAUGCAAUGUACCAUUGCUGCUGUUUGGCUUGGUUAGCGCCUCAGACUGUCGAUGAAUUUCUAGUCCUAAUUUGCCAACUAUUUUCACUGCAUGAGCACUCUGCGUAUUACAUUAGUCUGCUUUGUGUAAUAGGUCUGAUGUCAUUAAAACCAGAUAAUCUUCUAAAUGUUAAGAAUACACAACUGUACAAUGGUAGAAACGGAUUGAACUAUGAUGGAGGAUAUUUUUUCUUUUAAUUGCCCAAUCAGUUUGGUUAAUGAACCGAAGAGUCAAUGUAAUAUCCAAAGCAAGUCGCAACUGGAUGGACUGUUAUCCAGUCAGGUCCCUGGUAACCAGCACAACUUGAAUACUGAACAAUGGAAGGCAUGGAAAAAGAGUGGGAUUUUCAUGGAAACCAAGGAAAAGCCAUGGGACUGAAGGCUCAUCGAUAUUGUGUCAGGCGAAACUCCACAUUUGAUCAAUGGGAUGUGCAAUGGAGAAGCCAAGGAGGGCAUUUUGUGUAGGCAGUGAUGUUCCUUAAUGUUGUAAUUGCAUUCUGACCUAAACUGAAACAACUUACCCAAAUGCAGAAUGUGGGACAACAAAAUUCUAUUCCUUCCAGUGAGUACAGUGAAGAUUAUUAGCAAGUACAGCCAAUCUUUCUUGUUUAUGAAUUUUUGAUAUGGCUGUCUGAUCAAGCUGCAACUUUACAGAAUGGAGUUUUCAUGCAGUUUUUUAAAUUUUAUUUUGCACUUUUUGAAAUAACUUUUUAUUCCGUGUUUGAACAAAUUUCAUUAUAUUUGCCUGUUUUGUUUCAAUAGUGUUCUUUGAAAGAGUGCUGUUUGACCAAGAGAAAGGGUUACAGAUCUGAACAAAUCUAAUGCCCUACAAAGUUCAACUUGUUAUAUGGAUGUUAGACUUUGCUGUAAAAUCUGCCAAACUAAAUCACAUAAUACUUGCCUCAGCUUACUUACUGUGAAGAAUCUUCAAAGAAACUCUCAUGUACUCCAACAAAGCAACUCCAUUUUAAAUUACUAAAUGAAACUUAAAAACACAAAUGGGGCAGCACAGUGGCACAGCUGCUGCCUCAGGCGCUGAAGACCCGGGUUCGAUCCUGACUACGGGUGCUGUCUGUGUGGAGUUUGCACAUUCUCCUUGUGACUGCAUGGGUUUCCUCCCACAUCCCAAAGACGUGCGAGUUUGUAGGUUAAUUGGCCUCUGUUAAAUUACCCCUAGUGUGUAGGGAAUGGAUGAGAAAGUGGGAUAACAUAGUGUUCGGCGUGGAUUCUGUAAGCCAAUGGUCCUAUUUCCAUGCUGAUGCUUUUAUUGCAGGAACCACAUGGUUUUAAUUAAUAGUUGAUUAUUUGAUACAGCCUUUAAUGAUUUCAUAGCUGAUCACAUCAAGCCAGCUGAUCAGAACUGCAGCAGCUAUUUUUUAUAGUUUGUUAGUCCAUGUGAAGAAUACUCCUAUUGUAUCGCAUAUAAUCUCUAUAUAAUGAAUCUUAGACCAACAUACAGGUACUUGACAUAAGUCCAUGAUAAAUUACUGCAAACUUAAACAGUUUUAGCUUCUGCACUAUUGAUCUCAUUCAGUGGUUCAAUGGUACUUUAUUGUCACACGUACCUAAAUACAGUGAAAUUAUUUGUUGUGCGUACAGUUCAGUAGAAUCAUACUAUACAUAAGCUCAAUCAUACAAGUACAAGAAUGGCACAAUUGUAGUGCAAGAAUAGUAGAUUACGCUGAGGCAGUACACAAAGAGUCGCCACGUUUUGGCACCCUGAUUUCAAGUUCUUAAAAUAGAGCUUUAUCUUGGCCUCAAAGGCCCAUAACCCUGGCAACAACAGAUCCUGUCAUUAACAGAACUAAUGAACAAAAGAGCUGGUGGUUCUGGUAAGAUCCUUACAAUUUCUGUUUUUUUUUCUUAGAUGUUCCUUCUAGACAAAACCAAUAAGAGGUUCAGACGGUAUUUUGUUCCUUGAAGUGUUGAAUGUGUUCAAGUUUUGGUGUCUGUACUUUACGAGCAGAGAUGAUUCAUGGCUAACAACAGGGUAACCAGCUGCUCUGAAGUUUCUUUGAAGCAUGCGUUUAGACUAUGUUUAUCAAGAGUUGUUUCAAGAGAUGGUAUGUCAUCUAAGUUUGAAUUUAGAUGUCGGAUUCAUUGUCAGACUAACUAUGUAGCCCAAAGAUCUUCAAGUGAAUACAGUAUGUGAUCAAUGUAACACGAUAUCUUUAUUACCAAAACAGCAAAGACAUUUAACCACUAACCUUUUGUAGGCAGUCUCUCAGAACUGAAUGUGACUUGCUUCCACCAUGGUCUCGAGAUGGACAUGCUUCUAUGUGUAAUGUGAGCUGGUCUUUGCAAGCCAACAUGAUCCUUAUAGAGUAUGGUUCUGGACCAAUGGUAAGGAGAGCCAAGGCAACAGGAGGCCUAGCUUUGCUAAAAAAAAACACAACGUGAUGGAGUAACUCAGCGGGUCAGGCAACCUCUGUGGAAGACAUGGAUAGGUGGCGCUUCAGGUUGGGACCCGUCUUCAGAUUGAUUGCAGUGUAGGAGUGCGGGAAGGACAAAGCCUGGCAAGUGAUAGGUUGAUACAGGUGAGGUGGGUGGUGAGGGGUUGAUUGACAGAUUAGUGGACAAAGGCCAGAGAUGAAAAGAAAUGAUCCCUAGUGAGAUAAAAGGGGAGACGAGGAGUGAAAUGUGAAGCUAGAGGGACGGAUAUGGGUGGAAGGGGAAGAAGGUGGGGGGAUAGUGGGAGAAAUGGAUGAACAUCUGGGUUGGGUACAGGAAAGAGAGCAAGAAAAAAGCAAGGGGUAGGGGUUGGGUCUGGGUACCAAGCUUUGGUGCACCAACUUAACAUGCACACACAUAAUCUGGCCCCCAUCCUUUUCCUUGGCCCAUCUUGCAGGUACCACAUGCUCUCGCCGUCCACCCCUUCACUCUUUCCUCCAGCAGUUUCCCUUGCAUGGUCUCCCAAUCGUUCUCUCCCUCCCCUAACUGGCUUCUAAGGUUUCUCCUGUGUGCAAGUUAUCUGUUGCUUCCCUCUCCCUUCACUCACCUCUUUCAUUUUUAAUCCCUUUCCCCUUCCAUACCCUCUCAAUUCCUCCACUAUCAUGUCGCAGCUCCUUGCUGCCUCCAAGAGUGAGGCUUUUAAACUAGCACUGCUACUUGCCCUCUUGGUGGACCGAGAUGCCAUGAGAAGUUAAUUGCUUAGAUUAGUUUAGAGAUACAGCGUGGAAACAGGUACUUCGUCCCACCGAGUCCGUGCCAACCAGCGAUAACCCACUCACACUAGUUCUUUUUCCUAUACACUAGGAAGCCAAUUAACCUGCAAUCCUGCAUGUCUUUGGAAUGUGGAAAGAAAGUAGAGCACCCGGAGAAAACCUACAUGAUAACAGAGAAAGUUCAAACUUCAUACACACACCACCUGUAGAAAGAACCUAGGUCUCUGGCGCUGUAAAGCAGCAACACGACCGCUGCGCCACUGUGCCGUUCUGCAUUCAGAUCAUACUAUACAAGAAUACAAUCAAGCCAUGCACAGCAUAACAGGUAGAGCUAACAGAAGAAUACCAGAGUGCAGAAUAUAGUUUUACAGCAUUGUGGCAUUACAGUUCCAGACAAAAAGUCCAAUAUUCGCAAUGAAGUUGGUUGGAGGAUUGGGACUGACCCCUAGCCUAUGGGAGAAUCUUUCAGAAGUCUGAUAACAGAAGGGAAAAAGUCUGGUGGUGCGUGCAUUCAAGCUUUUGUAACUUUUGUCUGACGGGAGCGGGAAGAAGAAGGAAUGACCGGGUUAGGGAAAGGUCCUUGAAUAUGUUGGCUGCUUUCCUGAGGCAGAUGGAGUUGAUGAUGGGGAGGCUUUGGCCCAACUCGUUCAUGCGACCAAGGUACUAAAUCUAAACUAACUCAGUAUCUUCACUGUAACUAGGUCAAGCCAACAAAUUCAAACUUUCUUGGAAUGACCUGCUGAGUUGUCUAACAGAAUGAAAUGAUCCUGAUAUUUAUGAACUGCAACAUUUGGCACCACGGUAGCAAUGCAUGAAUAAGGGAGCAAUUACAGGUAUAUACCAAUUAAGUCUAGGCAGAUUAAGCUGAGAAAGGCAUAACCCAUUCAGCGCUAGACUUUAGAGCUCGAAAGACCAUAGCAACUUCAAAAAGCAAAUAUAAUUGGAUCUCUUCUGGAGCUUGAGUGAAUGCACAAAUACUUUGCAGACGAUUGAAUAAUUGAAUAGGAAUAUGAAACACUCGGCAUUUAAACAUUUUUGUGUUUGGCACUUCAUUGCACGCUGUAGAAAAAUUCUUAUGUUCAGCAUUAUUUUGGCAAUACAUGUCAUGCAAGCAUACUCCUUCAUUAAUAUUUAAAUGGAUGUAUAAUGACAUGAAUGAUGUAACACAUUCUCAUCAUACCCUACAGGGAAAUAGAUUAUGAAGGAACAAUUGCAAAUGCUGCAAUUUUCCAAGGGUAAUAAUUAUUAACAUAUUUUUUUAUAAGCUUUCACUAUCUACUUGAGAUAAAAGCAGUUUUCUAAAAAUUGGAAAUACAGACCAACAUCCUCCAUUCAAAUCGGGUUCUGCAUAUAAAAUCCAAUUGAAAUUCUUAGUUGUCAUCAAUGUAUCUGGAUGGAAAUAAAGUUCUAAAAAAAAAGAGAAAUAGAUAGUCCUGACCACCCCCCCCCUCCCUCAUCUACCUCAUUGGAGAUCUUCAAACCAUAUUUAGUCAGACUUUACUGGACUUUAUCUUGCACCCUUUAUCCUGUGUCUGUACACUGUGGUCGGCUUGGUUGGAAUCAUGUAUAGUCUUUUCGCUGACUGGAUAGUACGUAACAAAAAAGCUUUUUACUGUAUCUCGGUACAGGUGACAAUAAAAAUAAUAUAUUGUUAACUAAUAAAAAAGAAAAUUUAAUUUCACAAAAUAAAAAUUAACAUCGCAAGUUUUUCUUCACAAUCUGUGAAGAAAUAUAAUUCAUAAUUUAUUUAUACUUUGAAUUAAUGCAUUUAAUCAAAGUGAGUAUUUUUUAAUCUUCAAUUUUUAAAGUCUGAAGCAGAAUUGCAUGUCGAGUAUUACUGAAUCGAAAAUGAUGACCAGAAUAUGAUGACCACUUGAUAUUCUAACUCUCUUUUUAUUUUCUUCAAUAUGAUAAUUUCUCAAUUCUCCUAAUCUCAGUGGAAUCCCAUUGGAAUAUGAACAAAUUUUCAAUGCAUUUAAUCCAUUCAAAUGCCCAAUUUUAAGUCUGACAGUGAUUUUCAAUAUGGUAUUCGAUUAUGUUUGGCAUAAAAGCAUUGCCUGAGUAUCUUUUUAAUUGAAAUGUUCACGUCGUGCUUUAAUCUGUUCCUGCCUGGUUUUACCAAUUUGACUCUUUGGAACAAACUAUGGAUUUAAUUGCUGCCAAUCAGGAAGGAGUAAUUGAAGGCAUGCCAGUAUUCCAACCAGGGAGUCUCCUCGCCCGCUUCAUUGCUUCUCCCGGCCCAGGUUUGCUCAUUACUUUAGACAAGCUGUCAUUCACAGAAUCGUACACUUUAACCAUCAAUCAUUUGUUAGCCCUUUUUUUUCCUUAAAAAAAUGCAGCUUGUUACAUUGUCCCAAAAUAUACCUCUCCAUUAUUUUGCAAGAUACAAUUCACUGUUAAAAGUUACCAUUUCAAAUAAAAUCUCAUCUCUCAAUUUUGCUUAAAUCUAUGCAUUUUGGUUAUCCACUUGGUGAGAAAUGUUUCUCAUUGUUGAUUCAAUCAUAGAUUCAUCCAGCAAGGAAUUGUGCCCUUUGGCACAACGGGUAGCACAGUGGAGCAGCGGUAGAGUUGCCGCCUUACAGCACCAGAGACCUGGGUUCGAUCUUGACCUCGGGUACUGUCUAAAUGGAGUUUGUACGUUCUCCCUGUGAUCACAUGGGUUUUGUCCAGGUGCUCCAGUUUCAUCCCACACCCCAAAGACUUGAGGGUUUGUUGUUUAAUUGGCCUCUGUAAAUUGCCCAUACUGUGUAAGGAGUGGAUGAGAAAGUGGGAUAACUUAGAACUAGUGUGAACGGGUGAUCAAUAGACAAUGUGGGACCCAUUGGGCCGAAGGGCCUGUUUUCAUGUUGCAUCUUUCAAUCAAUCAAACUGAGGUCUCAGUCUUCCAGUUCCUUCAUCAGCUGAAACGCAAGCUCUGGGAUUAGCUUGCCUGUUUGUCUGGGAAAAGUAGAGGAGAGAAGGACGAUCAGCUAUGAUCUUGGAACAGAGCAGAUUUGAACAGGCAAAUUAUCUCCUCCUGAUCCUAUGAUGUUCUGAGGGACAGGAUAAAACCCCCUCCAAUCCUGCGUACAUUUGAAUUUCAAAGAGGCAAGAGGUUGUAUGUUCAUACCCAUGCUAAAUAAUAAUUAAAUGCAUCCUUAAAGUCAAAAUCAAAUUUGACACAGUGCUUCAUGAAUACAUAAUUUUGCAUUAUUUACCCAUCAUAGUAAAUUCAUUAAAUACUUAAAUAAAACAGCAUAUUUCCAUCAGCAUACUGGAGUGCAUUUAAAAUUGAAUGAUCAAAGGGUAUUUGGUUGGAAUGAAUGUCUCUGCUGAAAGGUAAAUAUGAGUGAAAUUAAGCUACGUUAAACUUUCCAUCUAAUUUACAGUUAUCAAAUUUAAUUUAUUUACCAGAAAUACACUAACUCCAUCGUUAAUGGCUUUCAUCCUAAUCUUGCACAGUCACAAUCUGAAAUUUCCAUGCCAUUUGUUGCUGGACCUUGGAUUGUGGGGAUAAACAGGCUAUACAUGAACACAAAAAGACACAAAGUGCUGGAGUAACUCGGCAUCUCUUGAGAAUAUGGAUAGGUGACAUUUUGGGUUGAGCUCUUCUGGCUAGAGAUGGGUUACAUGAAUGGUACCUGAGCUGCUGAGUUGUUCCAGCACUUUGCAUUUUUUUUGUGAUCCAGCAGCUGCAAUCUCUUGUGUCUCUUUUACAAGAACAAUCAUUUGUCACUAAAGGGGGCGGGCAUAGUGACGCAGCGGCAGAGGUGCUGCCUCACAGCGCCACAGACCCAGAUUCGAUCCUGAACACGGAUGCUGUCUGUGUGGAGUUUGCAAAUUUUCCGUGACCACGUGGGUUUUUCCAGGAGCUCCCAGAUCCCAAAGAUGUGCGGGUUUGUAGGUUAAAUGGUCUCUGUAAAUUGUCCCCAGAGUAUAGGGAGUGGAUGCGAAAGUGGGAUAACAUGGAACUAGUGUGCUGGUGAUCAAUGGUCGGCGUGGACUCAGAAGGGUGUCUUUCCACACAGUAUCUCUAAACUUCUGCCUAAACUCUAAGGGCCGAAUGGCCUAAUCCUGCACCUAUUCUCUAUUGUCUAAAGUUAGAUCCAAUUGGAUCCAGAGUUUCUUCAGAAAUGAAUUUUGUUUCAUUCACGAUUUCUCAAAUAUUUACAAGUUUGACCAGUCAGAAGGUUCUGCUUUGGCCAAGUUGCAUUUGAUCAAUUCUAGUCAAUUUGUAUUGUUGUCACUAAACAAAAUGGUUGCACUUUGUAACUAUAGGGAUGGCAUACUUCAACACAAAUUUAGACUCCCUGCACUGCCUUCAAGGAGAGGUAUUAUAUAUU